CCCCGAGCAGUCAAACAGCCAGACAGGCCGCCAGCCAGCCUGUUAGUCAGCUAACCAUCCAACGAGUCAGCCAUCCAUCCGAUAUAAAGUGUUGAGCGCACAAUCCGCUCACGAUGUACCGAAAGUCAAACGGGUACGAACAGCAUUAAACCGUACCAACAAACCGAAUGUACAGAAUGUCAGCCAGCCAACCUCACGCCCACCAACCCCAACGUUACCUUGCAAGUUCAUAGCAAUACACUAACAAAACUAAGUACAUUUGUACAUGUGUAUGUGUGUGUAUGUAAAUGUGCCCCUUGUGUUCAGUGUGCGCUGGUGGUUGCUCAAUAGAUUCAGCAAAGCGCUUUCUUCCAUUUUCCACUGGAAGCAACAAUUUUCAGCCUGAUUUUGAGGGUAGGGCCACCGCGCGAUUAUGUCAGCAACUUUAUACAAAUCUGACAAGAACAGCAAUAACAAGAAAGGAAACAAUACCAGCAUAAAGUUAUCAACUUGUUAUUUGCUUGUCGGCGUUGUUGUUGUUAUGGUUUUCAUAGCUACAACUAUUCAUUGUAUGGAUGUGUGUAUGUAUAUUUAGCUGUUUACCGUUUUUACCCCUGAAUUACCGAGUGCACUUGCAGAGAGCACACCUAACCUAACCGUCCAUCCGUAAAGAUGGGCUUGUAGUGCAACGAUUCGGUUAGCGUCAGUACGGUACGAGACGCACCUUUCGCGACGACUACUAUUCUCUACUAUCCACUUAGUGUACGGUGUGGCCGAUUUUUGAAUGUACUUUACACUCGCGCUGACGUUUCGCCGUUGUUCGAGAGUCGAUUUUUACUUGUCCGUUAGAGAUCUCGUCAGUGUUUUUGUGUGCCACUUUUUUUGUUUAAGAAAAGGCUAAAUUAAUUAGAAUUAUAUUACUUAAAUUUUAUGUCCUUAUGCAAUUGUGUAUUGUGUAACGGUUGUGCGCGUAAGGCCUAAAAAAGUAGGCAUUUUUUAAUUGCAAUUAAUAUGGAUUAUGUGUGAGCGUUGCAAACACCGCACGGUCGUUUUUUAGUGCUGUGCUGUGCCGUGACGCUUCGAAAUCAACAGGAUGGAACUUUUAAAACUUAUGAUGUUUAAAAGUGACUUUCUGUGUUCCGGUGGAGGAAAAUGUGAUGAUCGUGUACCACCAAUCAAUUUGAGUCAAUUGCCAGAAUUUUUAUUGUCUACUAUACCGAAAUGCGGAGGCUGUCAUGAACUUAUACUAGAUCGUUUUAUAUUGAAAGUGUUGGAGCGAACGUGGCAUGCGAAAUGUUUGCAAUGCAGCGAAUGUCACACCCAACUAAAUGAUAAAUGCUUCUCGCGGAAUGGGCAGCUUUUCUGUAAAGAAGACUUUUUUAAACGAUAUGGAACAAAGUGUUCCGCAUGUGAUAUGGGAAUUCCACCAACGCAAGUGGUACGGAGAGCGCAAGACAAUGUCUACCAUUUACAAUGUUUUCUAUGUACAAUAUGCUCUCGAACACUAAAUACCGGUGAUGAAUUUUACCUUAUGGAAGAUAAAAAACUAAUUUGUAAACGUGAUUAUGAGGACGCGAAGGCGAAAGGACUCUACUUAGAUGGGUCAUUGGACGGUGAUCAACCAAAUAAACGACCUCGUACAACAAUUACAGCAAAACAAUUAGAAACACUGAAAACAGCCUACAAUAAUAGCCCUAAGCCUGCACGACAUGUACGAGAACAACUAUCACAAGAUACCGGACUGGACAUGCGAGUCGUUCAAGUUUGGUUUCAAAAUAGGAGAGCGAAGGAGAAACGACUGAAGAAGGAUGCUGGACGAACGCGAUGGAGUCAAUAUUUCAGAUCAAUGAAGGGUAACUGUUCUCCGCGUACGGAAAAAUUCCUCGACAAGGAUGAGUUGAAAGUAGACUACGACAGUUUUAGUCACCAUGAUUUAAGUAACGAUAGCUACAGCACGGUCAAUCUAGGUUUAGAUGAAGGUGCUUCACCACAUAGCAUAAGAGGAUCUUAUUUGCACGGUAGUUCCAGUCCACCGCAAUAUCCUACUAGUCGAUCACCACCUCCUGUGGGGCACAAUCACUCAUUUGGUUCAUAUCCCGAUAAUAUUGUUUAUACAAAUAUAGAACACAAUACAUCAUCGAAUAAUGUGAGCGCGUCAAAGGCACAUCGAGUACAUGGCAGUGCAGUUUCGGAUUUGAGCAAUGAUUCUAGUCCAGAGCAGGGCUAUCCUGAUUUUCCACCAAGUCCUGACUCCUGGCUGGGCGACUCAGGGAACACAUCGAAUCCGAAUUCGCAAACACCGGGCGUUCAUUACUGAUACUCGUACACACGCAUAUUGCUUAA